UUGAAAAUCCAAUAAAUCAUAAAAAAAAUAAGUAAAACCAAUUUUACAAUUACAACUAAUUAGUCUCAUUUGCAAACAAGUGUCUGCGAACACUUUGCUCAAUCGGUAUGAUGAAACUUGAACGCAACCUCAUUUUUCCACCUAUCACAAUAAUUGACGCAAGCGCAAAAACAUCAAGUCGGGUUGUGUUUGACAUGAUGUGUUUGUGACGCGAUGUAUGACACGUAUGCCGUUCUAAAUUUUAAUUGACAGAAAUAUUUCUCAUAAAAUAGUUGAAAAUUGAAGAAUAAUUGAUAAAAAAGCUUUAAGCUUAUAUUUAAGAACCACAAGGUUUUUCUUCUACAAUAAGACACAGGAAUUCUUCCAACAAUGAGUACCGUAAUCGAGCAACCAUGUUAUACAUUGAUAAAUAUUCCAACCGAGUCGGAGCCGAUAAACGAGCUCCAAAUGAAGCAAGAUUUGGAGAAAGGAGACAUUCCAGUAAAAAUCGAAGCAUUGAAGAAAACUAUUCAUAUGAUUCUCAGUGGAGAACGUCUUCCAGGACUUCUGAUGACAAUUAUUAGAUUUGUUUUACCGCUUCAAGACCAUACGAUUAAAAAACUCUUGCUUAUAUUUUGGGAAAUUGUACCAAAAACAUCACCUGAUGGCAAACUUCUUCAAGAAAUGAUUUUAGUUUGCGAUGCAUACAGAAAAGAUCUUCAACAUCCUAAUGAAUUUGUCAGAGGAUCCACACUAAGAUUUUUGUGUAAAUUGAAAGAACCGGAGCUUCUUGAACCUUUGAUGCCAGCUAUUAUAGCUUGUUUAGAGCAUAGACAUUCUUACGUCCGACGUAAUGCAGUUCUGGCUAUAUUUACUAUCUAUAGAAAUUUUGAAUUUUUAAUACCAGAUGCUCCAGAACUUAUUGCAAAAUAUUUGGAAGGUGAACAAGAUAUGUCAUGCCGUAGAAAUGCAUUUUUAAUGCUUCUUCAUGCGGAUCAGAGUCGAGCACUUGCAUACUUGGCAGCUUGUUUAGAUCUUGUUCCAACAUUUGGAGAUAUUCUUCAACUAGUUAUCGUAGAGUUGAUUUAUAAAGUAUGUCUUGCUAAUCCAUCUGAAAGAGCAAGAUUUAUUCGAUGUAUUUACAGUUUAUUAAAUUCUCCAAGUGCUGCAGUUCGAUAUGAAGCUGCCGGAACUUUGGUAACUCUCUCAAGUGCUCCAACAGCUAUUAAAGCAGCUGCUUCUUGUUACAUUGAACUUAUUGUCAAAGAGAGUGAUAAUAAUGUUAAAUUAAUUGUUUUGGAUCGUUUGAUUGCUAUGAAAGAAAGCCCAUCUCAUGAACGAGUUCUUCAAGAUUUAGUAAUGGAUGUAUUAAGAGUUCUUGGAUCACCAGCUCUAGAAGUCAGAACAAAAACACUCGCAUUAGCUAUUGAUUUAGUUACUGUAAGGACUAUCGAAGAGAUGGUACAGCUAUUGAAGAAAGAAGUCAUACGAACAGCUGGAGAGCACGAAGAUGCAGGAAAAUAUCGACAACUAUUAGUUAGAACUCUUCAUACAUGUUCUAUCAAAUUUCCUGAUGUAGCUGUGACUGUAAUUCCAGUUUUAGUUGAUUUCUUAUCUGAAAAUAAUGAAGCUGCUGCAACCGAUGUUUUGGUAUUUGUUCGUGAAGCAAUUCAGAAAUUUGAAAAUCUCCGAACAUUAAUAAUUGAAAAACUUCUUGAAGUUUUUCUGGAUAUUCGAUCAGUACGUGUUCAUAGAGGAGCUUUAUGGAUUCUUGGUGAAUAUGCAACAUCUCAAGACGACAUUGAAAGUCUUCUCAAGAGUAUCCGAUCUGCAUUGGGAGAACUGCCACUUGUGGAGGCUGAAAAUAAACGUCAAGCUGGUGAAAAACCUGCAGAUGACAAUACUCAAACUCAGCCAGCUCAAUUGGUCACGUCCGAUGGUACUUAUGCAACACAAAGUGCAUUCAGUACUACAGCAAUGGGAAAAAAAGAAGAAAAACGACCACCACUUGUUCAGUAUAUGAUGGAAGGAGAUUUCUUUAUUGGAGCUUCCCUAGCGACAACUCUAUCUAAACUGGCUCUUCGUUACAAAUCUCUCAAUAUCGAUGCCGUCAAAUGCAAUAGAAUGCAAGCUGAAUGUAUGCUCAUAAUGUCUAGUAUUCUUCAGCUUGGCAAAUCUAGUCUCCCUUCCAAACCAAUGACUCAUGACGAUGCAGAAAGAAUUUCUCUUUGCUUAAGGUCAUUAGCUUGUCCAAUUCCAUUGGUACAGACUGUCUUUACUCAAGGGUGUCGUGAUGCUCUUGGACGUAUGCUUUUAGCUAAAGCUGAAGAAGAUUCUCAAACUCAGAAAGCUAAAGAGAAACCUGGUACAGUUGUACAGGUUGAUGAUGCAAUUCAAUUCUUACAAUUAAAUCGCGGUAAUGAUCUUACUGGGCAUGGUGAUGUUUUUGAACAAAGUUUAAGUGCUGCAGUAGCUGGUAGACCUGGUACUGCUUCUGAUACACCUUCACCUAGUGCGCUAUCGAAAGUUACACAAUUAACUGGAUUUUCUGAUCCAGUUUAUGCUGAAGCUCUUGUUCAUGUCAAUCAAUAUGAUAUUGUUCUUGAUGUAUUAAUUGUCAAUCAAACUGAAGAUACGCUUCAAAAUUGUACUUUGGAACUUGCAACUAUGGGAGAUCUAAAACUUGUCGAAAGACCACAACCUAUUGUGCUUGCGCCUAGAGAUUUCGCCAGUAUUAAAGCUAAUGUCAAAGUAGCAUCAACAGAAAAUGGUAUUAUUUUUGGAAAUAUUGUCUAUGACAUUUCUGGGGCUGGAUCUGAUCGAAGUGUUGUAGUUUUAAAUGACAUUCAUAUUGAUAUCAUGGAUUACAUUGUUCCUGCUACUUGUACUGAUGCUGAAUUCAGGCAAAUGUGGGCUGAAUUUGAAUGGGAAAAUAAAGUUUCUGUCAAUACAACACUUUCUGAUUUAAGAGAAUAUCUUGCUCAUUUAUUAAAAUCUACUAACAUGAGAUGUUUGACUCCAGAAAAGGCUCUAUCUGGACAGUGUGGAUUCAUGGCGGCUAAUAUGUAUGCAAAAUCAAUAUUUGGGGAGGAUGCAUUAGCAAAUUUGUCAAUUGAAAAGCCAUUAAAUAAACCAGAUGCUCCAGUUGUUGGUCAUAUAAGAAUACGUGCAAAAAGUCAAGGAAUGGCUUUGUCUCUUGGGGAUAAAAUUAAUUCUGCGCAGAAGAUCGUACAGACGAAAGUUGUUCAAGCUGCUUAAGUAAACUUCUUUCAUAAAAAAUUCAUUACUGGAUACGUGAUCAUUUUAAGACUAGGAAUAUGAUGAUUUAAUGAUUCAUUUUAUCAUUUCAAAUGGCAAAAUAUGAAUUAUUACUGUUAUUAUUAUAAACUUGUAAUCAAUAUCAUAAUAUAAUUAGGUAUGGAAAAAGUG